AUGAAGUGGCUUGUUCCACCGUGGAUAUCUGCAGGUGCUCGAGUCCUGACAGGGGUAGCUCCAGCUUCUCGAAGUGCCACGCCCUGGAGUUGGAGAGGCGUUCCCCAACCUGCGCAUCAACGUCACACGCGGUUCGUGCAUCAACGCCGACGAGCAACCACAUCUUCUAUCACCGCCCACAAUUCCAAGUUCGAUGUCAUAGACCAUCAGUAUGACGCCGUCAUCAUUGGCGCAGGCGGUGCAGGCCUGCGCGCGGCGGUCGGACUCGCAGAAAGCGGCCUGAACACCGCUGUUGUCACCAAGCUCUUCCCCACCCGAUCUCAUACCGUUGCUGCUCAAGGAGGCAUCAAUGCCGCUCUUGCCAAUAUGACCGAGGAUGACUGGAGGUGGCACAUGUACGACACGGUCAAAGGCAGUGAUUGGCUCGGAGAUCAGGAUGCAAUACAUUACAUGUGCCGAGAGGCUCCUCGGGCAGUGCGUGAGCUGGAAGAGUACGGCAUGCCAUUCAGCAGAACAGAAGAGGGCCUCAUCUACCAACGCCCGCUUGGAGGCCAGAGUCUGAAGUACGGCGAGGGCGGCCAGGCUUAUAGGACCGCCUGUGUGGCAGACCGAACCGGCCACUCCAUGCUGCAUACCCUAUAUGGCCAGGCGGUGAAACAUGACUGCCAAUUCCUGAUCGAGUGGUUUGCUCUUGAUCUGAUUAUGGAUGGGAAGAACUGCAUAGGCUUGACGGCGAUCGACAUGGAGACAGGCACGCUGCAUAGAAUAUUUGCGCGGAAUACCAUCUUAGCUACAGGUGGCUAUGGUCGUGCAUACUUCUCGGCCACAUCAGCGCAUACGUCAACAGGCGAUGGUCUUGCUAUGGCUGCCAGAGCUGGACUGCCCAUGCAAGACAUGGAAUUCGUCCAGUUCCAUCCUUCUGGCAUUUACGGCGCAGGCGUCCUGAUUUCAGAGGGUGCCCGCGGCGAAGGCGGAUUCUUACUCAAUGGCAAGGGCGAGCGAUUCAUGGAGCGCUACGCACCGACGGCGAAAGACUUGGCCAGUCGAGACGUGGUCAGCAGGAGUAUGAACAUGGAGAUCAGGGAAGGCCGAGGCUGUGGAUCUGAUCAAGACCACAUCCAUCUACAGCUCUCACACCUGCCCGAGGAUGUACUGCGAGAUCGACUUCCGGGUAUCGGUGAGACUGCUAGCAUCUUCUCUGGCGUCGACGUAACCAAGCAGCCGAUACCCGUCAUCCCAACCGUUCACUAUUGCAUGGGAGGUGUACCCACCAACUGGAAGGGUCAAGUCCUCGACAUCGAUCGGAAAACCGGAUCUGAGACGCCCGUCGGUGGCCUCUACGCUGCGGGAGAAGUAGCAUGCGUCUCCGUCCACGGCGCAAAUCGCCUCGGAGCAAACUCACUCCUCGAUAUCGUAGUCUUCGGCCGUGCAGCUGCUGCCCACAUUGCCGAGAAUAACGAGAAAGACAUGCCCAUCUUCCGAACCGGCGGCCAAGUCACCAAAGACACUGGCCUAAACGGGUUCAUCGACCUAGAACAUUUCCGCAAUUGCGAGGGCACCAAACUCACCGCCGACCUGCGCCUCGACAUGCAAAAGGCCAUGCAAACGGACGUUGCCGUCUUCCGCACCCAUGAAUCCCUCGCCACCGGCCUGCAACAUCUGAGCAAGGUUGAAGAAUCCUUCAACAACGAUCUAGUCGUCAAAGACAAGUCUAUGAUCUGGAACUCCGAUCUCAUCGAGACGCUGGAGAUGCGCAACCUGUUGACUUGCGCGGCACAAACGGCUAAGAGCGCACUGGAACGCAAGGAGAGCCGUGGUAGUCACGCGCGAGAAGACUUUGGCGAGCGGGAUGACAAAAAUUUCAUGCGGCAUUCGCUGAGUUGGCAGAGGGAUAUUGGACAGGAGGUGGGGAUCGGGUAUAGAGAUGUACAGUUCCAGACGCUGGAUGAGGCGGAGUGUAAGACCGUGCCGGCGAAGAAGCGGAGUUACUAG